CACCCAACACACCUUUUGCCAAAACAAGCAGCAUCUCGUUCAUAAGGGACACGUGAGACUUCCAACUCACGAGAUUGCAAGUUCACUUGUGCUUGGCUACCCAAUCUCAGGCUGCUCUGAUGCGUUUCGACUGAAGAGGCCAAGGGCAGGAGCUGGAGCUGCAGUGCAUGAUGUCUGUGAUCGACCAUGCAUGGGAAACGGAGUAGGUUGUGAUCCACGAGCUCACGGGCGGUGGUGAAAUGAGGGAUGAAUGUGGAGGACCUCCUGUUUUAAGACAAGUGAUGUCCAAAUAGCGUCCUUUUUUUCUUACUCCAAGAUAACUGCUCAUCGUCACUGCAGCCAUUACCUCACUGUGUCGACACAACUUGUGAACGUCAGCAACGCGCCCCAUCUUUUCGUCGUUCUAAAAUAACACCUAAAAGAAGGUAUUUUACCUAAGCUUAAAAUGGAAAAUAAACGUUUGCCUGGUUUCGAAACAUUUGGGCCCCAUUUUUCCCAAACAACACCAAAAGAUAAGCAUCCUGGUCAAAAUCAGAGAAACACACUACCUCCAGUCAAAAAAGGUCCAAUGACUAAACAGAAGGGUCUCUACUCGGAUGUCUUCACUACUUUAAGGUUUAAGACUUGUGCAGAAGAAGCAGACGCCCAGGAGAGGUUAUCCACCUCUGACUACAGUGAUUAUGAUGAUUCAGAAGACACAAGCUCAAAGUCUCCAUUUGCCAAAUACAAGUUUGAUGACAAGGAAUACUAUGGCACCUUUUCAAAGCAAUUACUCACAACCUACUUCAACCGGGGUGGAGAUACGCCCAAAGUCCAGAUGCCCUUCAAAACUGUUCCUGGUAGAAGCCCUCGCGAUUUAACCAAAGAGAGGCGGCGAAGAGAAUAUUUGAAGAUUGAUUUUGAGAGGCUUCUGACAGAAAAAAAAAUUGAUUCCAAUCUUCUCAUGCCGCGUCCUUUGGAUAAUAAUGACGAACAGCUAACCGUGUCUUGCUGUCUUCCGCUUGAGAUAUUUGACAAUGUGGAGUUUGACUGCCGUACUGCAGAAGACUGGAUGAUCCUGGGUAAAAUUGAAGGAUCACCGUUUAAAAAACCAAUUCCGGCAAAAGCAUUAUUGCCCUCAGAUGACAGAGUGUCGUUUGACCAUCGCCAAGCUCCCUCAUUAUUCCACUACAGCUGGCAUUUAGUAGGAGUGCUUGACUACAAUAAGGAGAAAUGUCAGUACUUGGUUGAAAAGGUUUUCCCAAACAGCAACCUAAAAGAAUCACAACACAAUUGCCCUGAUGUGAACUGCUUACAAACGGGCAAUAGGCACUGGAUUCCCAGAAUCCGGCUGCUGUUCAGUGCCGAGGACCCCCGUGUCUUUGUCGAGCGCAUCCAGUUUGCCAUGUACCUCCGUGCUCGCUCCGAGGCCCUCAUCCUCUACCACUUGACUGUGGAUUGCAUGCCCAUCUGGAAUGAAACGCCAUCUAUCGAUCCCCAAUGUCUCUACCGUAUCCAAAGUCGUGCUCUCUCAGGCUCUGGCCUCAAACUGGAAAUUGUUAAAAAAUGUAUAGAAGGACUUGGCAAGGAGGUGAAGCUGGAAUAUGACCGUACUAUGAAUCGCUUCAUCUUGGAUAAAAGCGUGACAACCCACCCACAGGAGUUUUUGCACAUCGUGGUGCUGCAGAAGGAACCUGAACGCGUGCCACUGAACGGGUGUGUGACAGUUCCUGCCUUCGACUACAAGAAGAACCGAGCUGCUUUCCUUGCAAAGUCCAUGCUAACAGAACCCAAAGUAAUCUAUACAUUAUCAGAAAUCCGGUCCGAGUGCAACAAACUCUCAACAAUGAAACUAUUCAAUGUCUCCUUAACCAAACCUAUGCGACUGGACGAGUUUGAAGCUAACCAGACCCAAAUGCAAACUCAGAUAAGCUUCUUUCUCCGAGAGGCAUGGAUGCUCACUGUGACUUACAGUCUCCGACACAACCUUGAAACAAUUGGCAAAGGCGCGUACAAUAUGAACGAGACUCACUGGGAUAUGCACAAAGUUACCAAGCUGAACAAACUGUUGGCUGUGGUGCACUACAACCUCCAGGACACUCUGCGCAACCUUGUGGAGGACUCGCUUCUCUGCCUGAGCAAGUUGAUUUUGGAUGCAUGCUGCAGUGUGCUCACAUGCCCCGAUGAAUUGGUGUGGGGCGAUGAUUACAUCACCAGCCCCUACAAGCCAAAGAACAAGCCUCUGUUCCAAGUGGAUUUAAUUUUGAAUGAAACGGGUGUAAAUUAUAGUACAUCUCUGGAGAAUUUUGAGGCAUCUAUUAUAAACCUGUUCAACGAGGGCAUUCUGGUCACACACAAUAUACCGAUGCUUGAUAAGUUUUUAAUGAAGAGGCUGUUAUUCGGUGACGAUCCUGUGCUGAAGUCGGUUCACCUUUGUGAACCAAAAGUAUCGCAGUUGAGAGAAAAGAUCUGCACGGCUCUCAAGAAAGCCGUCAUACCCCUCAAGGCCUACGCUGCUGAAUACACCAAAUACAUCGAGCUGUACAGUUUAAAGAUAGAAGAGCACUUUCUACCCAUUGGCGAGGAUGAUAAGACAUCCAAGGUAGUGAAGGUAGAAGUGGAGCAGCAUCUCAACGACAAGGAAACGCUCCAAAGCUCUUUGCCGUCCUCCAUCAUCAUUGGCGCAUUUAUCGUACACGUCGAGGGAGUACGUCAGACGCUCAUCAACAAAAAAAAGGCUUUAGCCAUCGCUACAUUGGAGCACCAUGCCGACAAGCUAAGAAAGCAGAUGGAUGAUGAAUGCGAUGAGUUCUGCACGGUCGGUCACACGCUAGGCGAGCGGCCCAAUUCUAUUGAGGACCUGACGGAGAAGAGGGACUGGAUGAAACAAAUCCCCAGCCAGCUCAAGAGUUGCAAGGAACGUGUUGCGAAAAUUUUAGCAGAGUAUGAAAUGUUUGAUGAGUUUAACUACCCUUUAUCAAAUGAAGAUUUUACGAAAAAGUGGCGAGCUAUUGAGUGGCCCCAAAAGAUUCUCAGACAGAUCGAUGACAUCACCGCCAAUCUUGUUCAAGAAGAAGAACGCUUCCAGAAGAUUCAGAUCGCCGACCAGGACCUCUUUGAGCAGCGCAUUGAAACUGCUGAGAUGAUGGUUGCAAGGUUCAUGGGUUACGCAGAUGUUGAUCAUGCGACUGAGAUGGCCAACGAUGUGAGGCGUACCAGCAAGGAGCUCAAAGAAUGCCAGGCUUUGGCGCAAACUUACAACACCAGAGAACGCCUCUUUGGUAAUCCUGUCACAAAUUAUGAUCGUCUGCACAAAAUGGCAAAGCAGUUCCAGCCGUUCUUUGACUUGUGGACCACCACUUUCGAUUGGACCAACCGGGUCGAGAGCUGGCUCAACGAUCCGCUGACCUCCAUUGACCCUGAGCUACUUGAGCGCAAUGUUACAGGAGCCUUUGAUACCAUGAAUAAAUGUAUCAAACAGUUUAAGGACAAACCCGAUUGCAAGACGGUGGCGGAGUUAAUCCGUGCCAGAAUUGAGGAAUUCCGUCCUUAUGUUCCACUGAUUCAGGGUCUGAGAAACCCAGGGAUGAGAACGCACCAUUGGGAGGCACUUUCAGAUACCAUCGGGAUAAAAGUCGAACCCCAACCUAAACUUACCUUGUCCCACUGUUUGGAAAUCGGUCUCCAGAACCACAUGGAUGCCAUUGCCCAAGUGGCUGAGACAGCCGGGAAAGAGUACACCAUUGAACAGGCCCUGAAUAAGAUGAAAUCAGAGUGGUCAGAAAUUCUCUUUGAACUGAUGGCCUACAAGGAUACGGGCACUUACAUCAUGAAGAGUCCCGAUGAAGCCUUGCAGUUGCUAGAUGACCAUAUUGUCAUGACACAAAGCAUGUCCUUCUCCCCCUAUAAGAAGGCAUUUGAAGCCGAUAUCAACAAGUGGGAGAGCAAACUCAGAACAACUCAAGAUGUGUUGGAGGAGUGGCUGUUAUGUCAGGGUUCUUGGCUCUACUUGGAGCCCAUCUUCAGCUCGGACGAUAUCAACGAACAACUACCCGAGGAGGGAAAGAGAUACCAACAAAUGGAAGAAAUAUGGAAGAGAAUAAUGAAAAGUGCUUUUGAUAACCCAAAGAUAAUUGAAUUUUGCCCUGGUCCUCACUUGCUCGACAAGUUGAAAAAGUGCAACGUUCUUUUAGAACUUGUGCAAAAAGGUCUCAGCGAAUAUUUGGAGAUAAAACGAAAUGCCUUCCCCAGGUUCUACUUUCUGUCAGAUGAUGAGCUUCUGGAGAUUCUGUCUCAGACCAAAGAUGCCACAGCUGUACAGCCGCACUUGCGCAAAUGCUUUGAGAAUAUUGCACGGCUUAAAUUCCAGGAGGAUCUACUCAUCACACAUAUGUACUCCGGAGAAGGAGAGGAGGUGAAGCUAUCUGUGACCGUUAUGCCUUCUGGGAAUGUGGAGGACUGGCUGAGGCUGGUGGAAAGAUCCAUGACAGCCACAGUCAGAGAUUACAUUGACCGUUCCCUCAAAGUUUACCCUGAGCAACCUCGCGAAGACUGGGUUUUAUCAUGGCCCGGCCAAGUGGUGAUAGGUGGUUGUCAGGUCUACUGGACGGCUGAGGUGUCGGAGGCUUUGGAGCAGGGGGACUUGGCCGACCGUCUUUUUCCUCAACUGCAGAAACAGCUGGGUAACCUGGUGCAACUGGUGAGAAGUGGCGUAUCCAAAAUGCAACGAGCUGUGCUCUCAGCCCUCAUCGUCAUUGAGGUGCACGCUAAAGACGUAGCAGCCAAACUGGUGGAUCUGGCAGUGUCGAGCGUCAACGACUUUGAGUGGAUUAGUCAACUCAGAUAUUACUGGGCCAGAGAAGACUUGUACAUCCGAGCAGUAAAUGCGGAAUUUUUGUAUGGAUAUGAGUACCUUGGAAACUCUGGACGACUGGUCAUCACCCCACUCACAGACAAGUGCUACCUCACCCUGACAGGUGCCCUUCACCUCAAGUUUGGAGGAGCUCCCGCAGGUCCAGCUGGCACAGGAAAAACAGAAACCACUAAAGAUCUGGGAAAGGCUCUUGCUAUCCAGACAGUCGUUUUCAAUUGUUCUGAUCAGCUGGAUUUUAUGGCAAUGGGCAAGUUCCUCAAAGGCUUGGCUAGCUCUGGUGCCUGGGCAUGCUUUGAUGAGUUUAAUCGUAUUGAUGUGGAGGUGUUGUCUGUGGUGGCGCAACAGAUCACUACCAUCCAAAAGGCUCAACAACAAAGGGCAGAGAGGUUUGUUUUUGAAGGUUCCGAGAUCCCGCUUGUCCCCUCCUGUGCCGUAUUCAUCACCAUGAAUCCUGGUUAUGCUGGCCGCACAGAGUUACCUGACAAUCUCAAGGCUCUGUUUCGUCCCGUGGCCAUGAUGGUCCCUAACUUUGCCAUGAUCGCUGAGAUCUCACUCUACUCUUUUGGCUUCAGUGAUGCCAAAGUCCUCUCUCAGAAAAUCACCAGUACAUUCACGCUCUCUUCGGAACAACUUAGCUCUCAGGAUCACUACGAUUUUGGGAUGAGAUCUGUGAAGUCUGUAAUCUCAGCUGCAGGAAAUCUAAAACGAGAGAAUCCCAAUAUGAAUGAGGAGUUGAUCUGCCUGAGGGCCAUCAAAGAUGUCAACGUGCCGAAAUUUUUACGGGAUGACCUGAAGCUCUUCAACGGCAUCGUGUCCGACCUUUUCCCAAAGACGAAACAGGAGCCGAUCGACUACGGCACGCUCGAGGAAUCUAUGCGGAAUAUAUGUACGAAGAUGAACCUCAAAGAUGUCGAUGAAUACAUUGGGAAAUGUAUUCAACUGUAUGAGACCACUGUCGUCAGACACGGAUUAAUGUUAGUGGGACCUUCCGGAUCAGGUAAAACCAAGUGUUAUGAAGUUCUCGGAGCGGCGCUAACAGCUCUAAAGGGUCAGCCCUCUGCCAGCGGUGAUCAGUAUGAGGCCGUUCAGACCUACGUGCUCAACCCCAAGUCGAUCACUAUGGGUCAACUUUACGGGGAGUAUGACUUGCUCACGCACGAGUGGACAGACGGCAUCCUGUCGUCUUUAAUCCGGAUGGGUACGUCAGUUAUGGACGAUGAUAAAAAAUGGUACAUGUUCGAUGGGCCGGUUGAUGCCGUCUGGAUCGAGAACAUGAACACCGUGCUGGAUGACAACAAAAAACUUUGCCUUAGCUCCGGAGAAAUCAUCAAGCUCACUGAGUGCAUGACUAUGAUGUUUGAGGUGCAAGACUUGGCGGUGGCGUCGCCAGCGACGGUGUCUCGCUGUGGUAUGAUCUACCUGGAGCCCAGUAUUUUAGGCCUGGUCCCUUUUACUGAGUGUUGGCUCAGGCAAGUCCCCAAAAUCAUGAAACCAUUCACAGAGCAACUCACUUCCUUGUUUGAGCAGUUCCUACAGGACUCAGUCAAUUUUGUUCGCGCAUCGGUAAAGGAGAUCAUCACAUCGCUGGACAGCAAUCUGACUUGUAGCCUUCUAAAACUUAUGGACUGCUUUUUCAUGCCGUUCAAGUCUUGUGAGAAUGAGAAGACACCACAACGAGGUAAACUUGAGCGUGUGAAGGACCUGAUUGAGCCAUGGUUCAUUUUCUCCCUGGUGUGGAGCGUCGGUGCCACGGGAGAUGGACCCAGUCGCCAGCGCUUUAGUGUCUGGCUCAGAAAUAAGAUGUCGGAAGAAAAGAUGACUUUAUGUUUCCCAGAGGAAGGCCUCGUAUAUGACUACAGGCUCGAUGAUGCAGGUAUAAGUCGUUGGAAUGAACAAGAGGAAGAGGACAGAAAGGUGCAGUGGGUCAACUGGGUGAACGAUGCGAAGGAUGUUGAUAUCACUCCAGAUACAAGUUACUCCGACAUCAUCGUUCCCACUGCUGAUACAGUGAGAAUGACGUUCCUCAUGGAUAUGCUUUUAUCUAACAUGAAGCCUUUGCUUUGUAUCGGGCCUGCCGGGACUGGAAAGACCCUUGCCUUAUCUGACAAGCUUCUAAAGAACAUGCAUCAGAAAUUUGUCACACACUUUCUCAUGUUCUCAGCGCGAACUUCAUCUAACCAGACUCAGGAUUUUAUAGACAGUAAGCUGGACAAGAGGCGAAAAGGUGUGUUUGCACCUCCUAAAGGCAAGUUCUUCAUCUUUUUCAUUGAUGACCUCAACAUGCCGUUGUUGGAGACUUAUGGUGCUCAGCCGCCUAUUGAACUGCUCCGGCAGUGGAUGGACCACACCGGCUGGUACGACAGGAAGAUGAUAGGCGCUUUCAGGCAAAUUGUGGAUAUCAAUUUUGCCUGUGCCAUGGGACCUCCGGGGGGAGGCCGGAACCCCAUCACACCCCGCUUCACGCGACACUUCAGUUUUCUGUCUUUCACUGAACUGGAGGAUGCCAGCAUGACCAAGAUUUUCUCCACCAUUUUAGGCAGUUGGAUGAAUGGAAAAAUGAGUAAGAAGAAUCCAGGCAGAACAGUGCCAGAAAUCAUCCCACUGAACAAUGCAAUCGUCAGCGUCACUAUCCGCGUGUACGCAACUAUUUGCUCUCAGCUUCUCCCAACCCCUACAAAGUCUCACUACACGUUCAACCUCAGAGACCUGUCCAAGGUCUUCCAGGGUAUCCUCAUGGCUGAGACUUGUAUGAUAGAGAACAAAGAAAUGCUGCUUCGGCUGUGGUACCACGAAAACUGCCGGGUUUUCCAAGAUCGCUUGGUGUGUGCGGAAGACAGGGAAUGGUUCAACUCCCUCCUGAAGGAAUUCAUUCAGGAGUUUGGUUGCGACUUUGACGUGGUCGUGCCGUCCCAGCCCGUCUUUUACGGGGAUUUCAUGGUUCCCGGUGCACUGCACAAAGUCUACACUUUCAUAGAUGACAAGGACAAGUUGGAAGAAGUGAUGAUGGAGUACAUGGAGGACUACAACCAGAACUGCACUCCCAAGAUGAAACUCGUGCUCUUCAUGGAUGCCAUCGAGCAUGUUUGCCGAAUCGCUCGCGUGUUACGCCAGCCGUUGGGCAAUGCCCUCCUGCUUGGAGUCGGCGGCAGUGGACGCCAGUCCCUGACUAAACUCGCCUCGUAUAUAUCAGAGUACAAGUGUUUCCAGAUUGAGCUGUCAAAGAACUACGGUCAGUUGGAGUGGCGGGAAGACAUUAAAAGCAUCAUGAUGAAGGCUGGUAUCCAUAACCAGCACAUCACCUUCCUCUUCGUGGACACUCAGAUAAAAAGCGAAUCAUUCCUGGAAGACAUAAACAGCAUUUUGAACUCGGGUGACGUUCCCAACUUGUAUGCCUCUGAUGAGCAGGAGCGCAUCCUGGCUUCCAUGAAGCCAGUGGUCCAAGAGUUGGCCCUGCAGCCCACCAAACCAAACCUUAUGGCUGCUUACCUCAAAAGAGUUCGCACUAAUAUCCACACUGUACUCUGCAUGAGUCCUAUUGGGGAAGUAUUUCGUGCAAGGCUGAGGCAGUUUCCCUCCCUGGUGACAUGUUGCACCAUUGACUGGUUCAGUGCAUGGCCAGAUGAGGCUCUGCAAGCUGUGGCCACUUCGUUCCUCAAUGAGUUGUACGAGCUUGAAGCUAGCCCUGAAGUCUUGAGUGGACUGACAGUCAUGUGCAUGAACAUCCACCAGAUGGUAGCCCAGAAGUGUUUACAGUUCAUGGCAGAGCUUUCUCGACAAAACUACGUGACCCCUAAGAGCUACCUGGAGCUGCUCAAUAUCUUCUCAAAUCUCAUUGGACGCAAGAAGCAAGAACUAUGUUCUGCUCGUGAGCGCAUGAGGACUGGUCUGGACAAGCUCCUGAGCACGGCAGAGGAUGUGAGUAAGAUGCAAGAGGAGCAGGAGGUGAUGAGGCCUCUCUUGGAGGAGGCUGCCAGGGAAACCGAGGUCACGAUGGAAACCAUCAAGAAAGACUCGGUGAUUGCAGAGGAGACACAGAAGUCGGUGCAAGCAGAAGAAGUCAAAGCUUCGGAGAAAGCCCGUGUAGCCGGGGAAAUCGCCACGGAUGCGCAGAGGGAUCUGGAUGAGGCUCUGCCGGCCCUCGACGCUGCCACUGCCAGCCUCAAGUCACUCAACAAGAAUGAUGUCACUGAGGUGCGAGCCAUGCAGCGGCCUCCUGCGGGGGUGAAGCUGGUCAUUGAGGCUGUGUGCAUUAUGAGGGACGUCAAACCCAAGAAGGUGCCUGGAGAGAAACCCGGCAGCAAGAUUGAUGACUACUGGGAACCUGGCAAAGUAUUGCUUCAGGACCCUGGCAAGUUUCUGGAUAGCCUUUUUGCCUAUGAUAAGGAAAACAUCCCAGAACGAGUGAUAGCUUUGGUGCAGCCUUACAUCGAUAAUGAAGAAUUCCAACCUGCCGCCAUUGCCAAAGUUUCCAAAGCCUGUACCUCGAUUUGUCAGUGGGUUCGAGCCAUGCACCUUUAUCACUUUGUGGCCAAGGGGGUGGAGCCUAAAAGGCAAGCUCUACAGGCAGCUCAGGAGGAGUAUGACGAGUCUCAGAGAAGUUUGAAAGCUGCCAAAGAAAUGCAAGCAGCUGUGGAGAGUGGUAUUGCUUUAUUGCAGGCUAAGUAUCAAGACUGCCUGGCCAAGAAAAAUGAGCUGGACAACAAGUAUCAACUGUGCGAGAUACGACUUGUUCGAGCAGACAAGCUCAUCGCUGGACUUGCAGAUGAGAAAACUCGCUGGAAAGAGACGGUGCAACAUCUGGAAUACAUGGUCAAUAAUGUAGCCGGCGAUGUGCUCUUAUCUGCAGGAUAUGUAUCCUACUUGGGACCCUUUACUGGAUCCUACAGGGCAGCCAUGGCAGAGGAGUGGCUGCGAUCUUUCAAGGAGUUAGGAGUUCCACAUACUGACGCACCAAGUCUCAUGAGCACUCUUGGAGAUCCUGUCAAGAUUCGCUCCUGGCAGCUAUCAGGUCUACCUAAGGACAACCUUUCGGUGGAGAAUUCUGUGAUUGCCCAAUAUUCGCUUCGCUGGGCUCUCUUCAUUGAUCCUCAAGGUCAAGCCAACUCGUGGAUCAAAUCCAUGGAGCGUGACAGUGGAUUGGAGAUUAUAAAACUCAGUGACCGGGAUUUCCUCCGCAGUCUUGAAAAUGCAAUUCGCUUUGGUAAACCCUGCUUACUUGAGAAUAUAGAAGAGGACAUGGAUCCCGCUCUUGAACCUGUACUGCUGCAGCAGACAUUUAAGGAGCAAGGCAGUUUAAAACUGAAGCUGGGAGAUAAUACCAUUCCAUACCAUGAGAGUUUCAAGUUUUACAUCACGACCAAGUUACCAAACCCGCACUACUCCCCAGAGGUUUCCACUAAAGUCACUCUCAUCAACUUCACCCUGUCACCUAGUGGCUUGGAAGACCAGCUGCUGGCCCAGGUGGUGGCAGCAGAACGUCCAGAACUGGAAACGGCUAAGAACCAAUUGAUCGUCAGCAAUGCCAAAAUGAAGCAAGAGCUGAAAGAUAUCGAGGAUGAGAUCUUGUACCGUCUCAGCUCCUCGGAAGGAAACCCAGUGGACAAUGAAGAGCUCAUUCAAGUGCUGGAAGCUUCCAAAGUCAAAGCUGGCGAGAUCCAGGCCAAAGUGCUUGUGGCAGAAGAGACAGAGAAGGACAUUGACACCACCCGUCUGACAUACGUUCCGGUGGCCGUGCGCACACAGAUUCUUUUCUUCUGUGUAUCAGACUUGUCCAACGUUGAUCCCAUGUACCAAUACUCCCUGGAGUGGUUCCUUGGUAUCUUCAUGGUUGGCAUCGCCAACGCUAAAAGAGCAGACACGGUGGAGGAGCGAAUCGAGAACAUCAAUGAAUAUUUCACAUUCAGUCUGUACUGCAAUGUGUGUCGCAGCUUGUUUGAGAAGCACAAGCUGAUGUUUGCCUUUCUCGUUUGCGCUCGCAUUCUAACGAAUGAUGGGGAAAUUAACAUGGCUGAGUGGCGUAACUUGUUAUCAGGAGGGAUGCCCAACCAAGAACUUCCCAACCCGGCCGUAAACUGGCUAUCGGACCGUGCUUGGAAAGACAUCCUGGGCCUCAGUGUACUCGAGACCUACAAAGAUCUUGCAUCAACUUUUGACCAACAUUUGCCGGGCUUUAAAAACAUUUUUGAUAGCAACAUUCCUCACAGAGAGCCUCUGCCUGGCAAGUGGAACACAACACUAGACCAUUUCCAAAAGCUGUUAGUUCUGCGCUGUCUGAGGGCUGACUGUCUGGUUCAAGGCAUACAGGACUUUGUCGCCCUUAAACUGGGACAGCGCUUCAUAGAACCUCAGACAUCAGACCUCGCGGUGGUUUUUAAGGAGUCGUCCCCUUCCUCCCCUCUCAUCUUUAUUUUGUCUCCGGGCACUGACCCAGCUUCCGACCUCUACAAGUUUGCUGACGUCAUGCACUUCUCGAAGAAAAUCACGGCCAUCUCCUUGGGCCAAGGCCAGGGCCCCUUGGCUGAAGCCCUGAUGCGGACAGCCAUGGAAAGAGGUCAAUGGGUCUUCUUUCAGAAUUGUCACCUGGCACCCAGCUGGCUGCCGUCACUGGAGAGCCUUAUUGAGAACAUUGACCUAAAGGUCCACAAAGAUUUCCGUUUGUGGCUCACAAGUCUUCCCAGCAAUAGGUUCCCAGUGUCCAUUCUUCAAAAUGGGACCAAGAUGACUAUUGAGUUGCCCAAAGGAAUCAAGGCCAACCUCCAAAAAACUUACCUGAAGCUCACAAAUGAUUUUAUCAAUUCAUCCAACAAGGUAUCACACUUGAAGUCGUUGCUCUUGUCUCUGUGUUUGUUCCACGGAAUUGCUCUUGAGCGAAGAAAGUUUGGCCCGUUGGGCUUUAAUAUUCCCUACGAGUUCACCGAUGGUGAUCUAAACAUCUGCAUCAGCCAACUCAAAAUGUUUCUGGACGAGUAUGAUAACAUUCCUUACAAGGUCUUGAAAUACACCGCAGGGGAGAUCAAUUAUGGGGGCCGUGUGACGGAUGAGUGGGACAGACGUUGUCUCCUUAGCGUGCUGGAAGAUUUCUACUGUCCUGAUGUUCUCAGCGAGGAACAUAUUUACUCUGAAUCCGGAGUUUACCGGCAGAUUGAAACAAACGUGGAUAUCAAGGGUUACCUGACGUAUGUCCACAGUCUACCCAUCAAUGAUACACCAGAGAUUUUUGGUCUCCACGACAACGCUAACAUCAGCUUUGCUCAAAAUGAGACUUUUACUCUGCUGGGAACACUUCUGCGCCUCCAGCCUCGAACUGCAUCUGCUGGAGGCCAAACCCUGGAGGAGAUAGUGGAGGAGAUUGUAGCAGGUAUCGUAGUAAAGAUCCCAAACCCUUUUGAUAUUCAGGACGUGGUGGAAAAGUACCCCGUGCUCUACGAAGAGUCCAUGAACACAGUGCUCAUGCAGGAGAUCAUCAGGUAUAACAAUUUGUUGGAGGUCAUCGCUCACAGUCUUGUUGAUAUUGUGAAGGCUCUGAAAGGUUUAGUGGUGAUGUCUUCGGAACUGGAGCGGAUGGCCAACAGCUUGUUUAACAAUGGUGUGCCAGAUAUGUGGAAGGCCAAGGCCUACCCGUCUCUGAAGCCUCUGGCCUCCUGGGUGUCAGAUUUGCUGCAGCGGGUCCGUUUUCUUCAAGGAUGGAUCUUGAACGGCAUUCCACCAGUCUUCUGGAUUAGCGGCUUCUACUUUCCUCAAGCGUUUCUCACCGGAACCCUGCAAAAUUAUGCCCGUCGCUUCGGCAUCUCCAUCGACAUUAUUGGAUUUGACUUUCAGGUUGUGCUGAAACCCGUGUGCGACAUAGACGAGAAGCCAGACACGGGCUGCUACAUCAGUGGCUUAUUCAUCGAGGGCGCUCGCUGGGAUAAUGACACCGCUCAGCUGACAGAGUCCAGGGCGAAGGAGCUCUACACAGAAAUGGCUGCCAUCUGGCUCAUCCCAAUGCCCAACCGCAAACCUCCCACCGCCGGGAUCUACAUCUGCCCCAUUUACAAGACCCUCACACGCGCCGGGACGCUGUCUACUACCGGGCAUUCAACCAACUAUGUGAUUGCAGUCGAGCUGCCGACAGAUCUCACUCCGGGACACUGGAUCAAACGGGGAGUGGCCCUCAUUUGUGCUUUGGACUAUUAAAAAAAGGGAAUUGUGUAGAAAGAAGUCUUGAGUCACCUUUUUCUCCUUUUUCACGGCGGUUAAAAGUAAAUAAAAGAAAGAUACAGAAUUACAUAAUAUAUCUCCCAUGAUUACAUUUUUGUGUAGAUUUGGAUAAAUGUGAAAAAAUGGACUUGCAAAAGA